AUGGCGGACGCUGUGCGGAUAAUCGACGUAGGUACCGGGCAGAGGCGAGCUGCUGAAGCCGAGUACGGGGAGCAAAUGGCGGGCGUCGACGACGAUAACGACGGUUUUCGCGGAUCUAGUGCGGCCGAGUAG